GCUGCUCUUCGUCGGAUUAUUUUCGCGUACUAGCGUGACCUCAUCUCGGAGAACUGGAGAAAUGUCAAAAUAACUGGGUUGCGGCUGAAAAUUCAAAACAAAUCGGCGAAGAUGGCAGAUUUCGACUGGCCAUGGGAAUAUAAUUUCCCACCGUUUUUCACUCUCCAACCGAACAACGAAACCCGCACCCGCCAACUGACCGUCUGGAACAAUCUCACUCGCAACUACUACAAGCACCGCAACCAGAGCAGCCUCGACAUCAACGAGGACUCGCCGCUGUUCUGCAAUAAUGCCCUCAAACGACGUCUCCCCACCGAAGGACGGCUGGCCGUAAUGGAGCACUUGCAAGGCACCGGUCACGCUGCUCCGCUGGACAAACGACGAACCAAUUGGCAGGUCUACUGGCACACCCUCGACGAAUGGGCCAAGAUCAUCUACGACUGGUCGCAGAGAACGGGUCAGACCAACUCCGUGUGCACCAUCUACGAAAUAUCGAACGGCGACAACUCGGUGGGGGAGGAGUUCCACGAGCUAGACCAGGAUGUGGUCUUGAAGGCGCUGAAGUUGCUAGAGGAGCAGGGAAAGUGCGAACUGAUGCUGUUUGACGAUAGCCAGGGCGUAAAGUUCUUUUGAAGAUUUAAGGGGGUUGGUUUAUUGUGCUAUGAAUGUGUCGCGUUAUGUUGUUAAUAAAUUGAAUUUAUGCCAAGA